UCGCCCGCUGUUCGCCAUCCUGGUGCGGGGCGGCGCUCGAGUGAGCUCGUCGCUGCAUGAAACAACAAUUCAAAAAAAUUAAAGGGGCGUUGAACCGCGCCAGCACGAGGCCUGAGCCCGGCCCGGACGCGAUGGAUGACUCCGCGGUCGAGGACUCGGACCCGCCAUGCAGCGAUGCCGAGUCGAGCACAAGCGAGCGGCGGCCAAACGCGGCACGCCGCCCGAGCCCUGUCAACGCAGAGCGUCCGCAGCCGGCGGCGCGCGCCUCCUCCUCGGAGGGGAUGGAGAUCAGCCCUGUGCCGUCGCUAGACAGGGCUACUUCUCGCCCACCGAGGCCUCUCUGGUCGAACCGGCCAGACGGCACCAGCUUUAGCCCCGGGCCUCCGCCGCCGAUGUGGUCGAAUCGGCCGGCCGCCGCCGCUAGCAACCCGCCGGCGGCUGUCGGCGGCGAGGGCUCUUCCAGCAGCGUCGGCAGCGGCCUGUCGAGGGUAGAGGCCGCCGCGCCCGAGCCGAGCGCGGGCGGCAGCGUGCGGCUCCCGCUGCCGCCGCAGAUCCAUAAGUGCUCCGACUCGACCGAUUCCGCAAUCAGCUUGGCGGAGGGCUCCUCGCCGAUGUCGGCCACUUGUCGGCUGACGGUGCAGCCGCCCGUGACGUGGCCGACGCCAAACUCGUCGCCCGGCCCGUCGCCCGGGCCGUCUCCGCAGGGCGAGGGCGAGGGGCCGCUCGCCUUCGGUGAGGCGCUCAAGGAGAAGCCGAAGAAGUACAUCACGCAGUACGAGCUCGGCCGCACCCUCGGCAAGGGCUCGUACGCAAAGGUCAAGAUCUGCUUCGACACCGAGGACGAGAAGAGGCCGUACGCAAUCAAAAUCUUCAACAAGUCGCUGCUCAAGCGGAGGCGGAUGUGGUCGUCGGCCGAAAAGUCGUACAAGACCGCCUUCGACGAUGUGCUGCGCGAGAUUGCAAUCAUGCGCAAGCUGCGGCACGAGAACGUGAUGGCGCUCCGCGACGGGAUGGGGUACUGCAAGCGGGGGGGGAUCAUGGAUUCGCACAAGAUCAACCCUUCGACCGAGCCGCUGCAUUGGGACGACUCCCCCCGUUGGUUCACCGACGGGGUCCCCGGGUUUGACUACCUCCACUACCAGGAAAUGGUCCAUUUGGACCUGAAGCCCGACAACAUCUUGUUCGCGGAGGACAACGGGGCCGUCAUCGCCGAUUUUGGGGAGGGGGGCGACGCCGGCCUCACCGUCGGCAGCCCGGGCACGCCCUCCUACACCGCGCCCGAGGUGUGGGGGCAGGGCAAGUACGAGCCGCGCGGUGCGGACGUGUGGGCGCUCGGCGUCACGCUGCACGCGAUGGCGUUCGGCACGCUGCCUUUCUUCUCGGUCGACCAGCAGCAGCUCAUCGAGAUGGUGACGUCGCCCGCCGAAUGGGAAUUGCUCGACCUGCUGCACGGCGUGCUCCGCUACCCGUCCGAGGAGUGA